AUGUAUGUAGACCCAAGACUUGUAAACUAUAUUGCAAUGUGGGCUUCUCCAAAAUAUUGUAUAGCAGUUGGAAAAAUUCUGGACUCCAUAGACAAGAAAGUUCAUGAGAAAUUAGAUGAAGAAGAACUUGAAGAUACAGUAGAGAAUGCAAAACCUUUGUUCGAAGAAGAAGUUAGAAAAAUGCAUGAAAAACAAAUAGAACAUGAACGUGAGAUAUGUUCUGGUUAUAGAGACUCGCCAUACGAACUAGACCAAUGGGAACAAGAAGAUUUAAAGAGAGAAUUUAGAGAAUAUGAACUCGCUAAGAUAGCAUUUGAAGCUGCAGAAGAGAGGUUAAAAGUUUGGGGUCGUUUUGUACAAAAAUAUUGUGAGUAA